AUGGCUGAGUCCUCAGAGUUUACUCGCUGUUUACUGGAACUUCCCAAAGUGUCAGUAAAUGAUGUGAGGCGGAUUGUUCCCCUGACCGGAGCACUUCGGUCUCUUCAAGUGCCAGAUCCACUGCACCUGGCUCUGUGGAAGAGCAGUAGUCGUGGUCAGGCAAAGUUACCUCCAUUGCUAGUUCCUCCAGGCGUGAAGAUGUUCUCCCCAGGAAGCGCUGUGUUCCUGUGCUUAGCACUCGCUGUAACUAAUGGUCUACCUGUUUAUGCUGCUAUAGACUUAGACUCUCUGCCAGACCGGUGUGAAGGUAUUGAGUUUGAUGCCAUCGCUCCUGAUGAGAAAGGAACUGUUUUCUUCUUCAAAGGUAGCCACCUGUGGAAUGGCUUCCAUGGUCCGGCUCAUCCAGCCAAUGAGACCUUCAAAGAGUUGGAUAACCAUGAUGCUGGCCAUGUUGAUGCUGCCUUCCGCAUGCACACUGAAAAUCCUCAGGACCAUGAUCAUAUGUACUUAUUCUUGGAUGACAAGGUCUUCAGUUAUUUUAACCACACUCUAGAAGACGGGUAUCCUAAAACAAUCCAGGAAGAUUUUCCUGAAGUCCCCAGUCAUCUGGAUGCUGCAGUGGAGUGUCCAAAAGGAGAGUGCAAUGAAGACUCAGUUCUGUUUUUCAAAGGGCAUGACGUGUAUGUAUUUGACAUUGCCACAAAGACAGUGAAAAUGAAGACAUGGUCCCACCUGCCUGUCUGCACAUCUGCUCUUCGCUGGUUGGAGCAUCACUACUGUUUCAAUAAUCACAGCUUUACCAAGUUCCACCCCAUGUCUGGAAGUGUAACCAAUGGCUACCCAAAGGAUGCCAGAAAUUACUUUAUGAGUUGCCCCAACUUUGGUCAUGGAGCUGGCAGCAAAGUCCCAAAAUGCAGUGAAAUCAAAAUUGAUGCCAUCACCACUGAUGACACAGGCAAAACUUACGUCUUUAUAGGUCACAAGUACAUGCGUUUGGACAGCCAUCGUGACGGACUGCACGCCUUCUCAAUCACCAAAAAAUGGAAGGAAAUGACCAACGGAGUGGACGCUGCUUUCUCCUAUACUAAUAACAUCUAUUUCAUUAAGGGUGAUCAAGUUUACAUCUAUAAACCAGGUGCUCAGUACACACUGGUCAAAGGUUAUCCUAAAACCCUGAAGGAAGAGCUCAACAUUGAAGGACAUGUGGACGCUGCUUUUGUCUGUAACAAUGAAGACAUCGUUCAUGUCAUCCAAGGUAGGAAGUUGAUUGAUGUUAACCUGGUUUCUACACCAAGGGCCGUGCUCUCAGAGAGGCCAAUGCCUCUGUCUGGCAUUGAUGGUGCCAUGUGUGGGGCAAAUGGAAUUCAUUUGUUUAAGGGCACUGUAUAUUACCACUAUGAAUCUGUGAUGGUAAUGGCUAUGUCCAAAAUUAUGCCUAUACCUCAUCCUGUCACCUCAGCAAUUCUUGGAUGUGAGGAUUAGGAGCAGCAAAACUGAAAGUUAACAGUACAUAUUCCAACCUUCUUCACAACACCGACCCCUGAACAUUUCAAGGACACAGCCUCCAAAAGCUUAAUCACAGGAAUUGUAUGCAAAAGCAGUAAAACAUCAAGGGCAUAUUGAUCAUAAAAUAGACCACAUCUUGUCACAAGUGCAUGGAAGCAAAAUUAUAGCACGUGUGUAUUUU